CAGAACUCUCCUUCCUCUUCCUCCAAUUCGGCCAUGGGCAAGUUCUCCCUUUCCUUCCUCCUCCUCUUCCUCAUGGCUCUGGCCUUGCAGAAUGGCACCUGCAAUGCAGUAGCCCCAAGGAAGGCGGUGGGCAUCUACGAGCUCAAGAAGGGCAACUUCUCGGUGAAGGUCACCAACUGGGGCGCCAUCAUCACCUCUGUCAUCGUCCCUGACUCCAAAGGAAAUUUGGCCGAUGUGGUUCUUGGCUAUGAUCGACUUGGUCCAUACAUUAAUAAUUCGGUUUACUUUGGAGCUUUAGUCGGAAGAGUGGCGAACAGGAUUGCCGGGGGCCGGUUUGUUCUUAAUGGAACUGUGCAUAAACUGUACAGGAACGAUGGAAAUAACUCACUUCAUGGUGGACACAGAGGAUUCAGCCGUGUUAUUUGGACGGUGAAGAAGAUAGUAAGGGGAGAGUUCCCUUCCAUCACCUUGUACUACCGGAGUUUCGACGGAGAACAAGGGUUUCCCGGCGAUCUGGACGUUUACGUGACGUACAGUAUCUCCGGCGACUACCAACUGAGCGUGUCGAUGAGGGGGAAGUCGCUGACGGAGGCGACGCCGGUGAACUUGGCGCAGCACACGUACUGGAACCUGCGGGGCCACGACGGAGGCAGCAUCCUGUCACACAGAGUCCGAAUCUUCGCCUCCCGGAUCACCCCCGUCGACGCGGACCUCAUCCCCACCGGCGAGCUCGCGCCGGUCCAGGGCACCCCGUUCGACUUCCUCAGGCCGGAGACGGUGGGGUCGCGGAUCGACCGCGUCCCCGGCGGGUACGACAUCAACUACGUGGUGGAUUCGUGGGAGGGGAAGAGGUGGCUGAGCAGGGUGGCGACGGUGACCGCGGAGGAGACGGGGAGGAGGAUGGAGCUGUGGGCGGAUCAGCAGGGGGUGCAGUUCUACACGGGGAACUUCUUGAGAGGGGUGAAGGGGAAGGGAGGGGCGGUGUACGAGCAGCACGCGGGGCUGUGCCUGGAGACGCAGGGGUUCCCCGACGCCGUCAACCACCCGAAGUUCCCGUCGCAGAUCGUGGCGGCGGGGGAGGAGUACCAUCACAACAUGCUCUACCAGUUUUCCUUCUGAAGGCCAGCGGCCUGGCCUGCUCUGAUCUGCCCUGCUACCUCUUCUUGGGCUCAUCGAUUUCUACCGAGGGCCUGCAGACGUUUAGCCCAAUAAGGCCCAUUCAUUUUGUCAAAAGCAUAAAGUUAUCUAGCAGCACUCAUCUUUCUAA